AUGAAUUUCCUGAUAUCCUUCAUUCUGGCGAUAUGGGAGACGAUCACAGUCCCAUCAUCCGUCUCCUCGGUAUUGCCGCAGUCCCCGCAGUCCCCGCAGUCCCCGGAACAUCCUCAGCACCACUCGAUAUGGGAUCGUAUAAGAUAUACCCCCGCAAUCAUAAGACUUUCUGCGCGAUCGAAUGCUGAGUGCUUUCUCAAGAUUCUCCCCUCGGCAAAUCUCCACUUCCAUUCUUGCUAUUCCACUUUUGAAUGCGCCCGCCUUGAUGUCCCAUUGGACUGGAAGAAUGAAGCUACCGAUUCACAACGAGUCGCCAUUGCAUUAAUCAGACUGCCCGCAAAAGUAGACGUGAGCGACCCACGGUACGGCGGUUCAAUUCUGAUUAACCCAGGUAUUUCCAAUGAUCAUUCACUCCGCAACGUAAUAUACGGCAGUACCUGUCCCAGUUCUGCUGAUACAGCCUUCUUAGGUGGUCCAGGAGGCUCAGGCAUUAAGUUUGCCCGUCUUCAUGGGAACAAUCUCCAAACGAUCGUCGAUUCUCCGUUCAGCCCCGAUGACGCUGAAUCAACGAGGAUAGAGAAGUAUUUCGAUAUCAUAGCUUUUGACCCCCGGGGUGUCGGCUUUACUACUCCAUCAUUCACAUGCUUUGCCAACGCCCAGCAGAGGUGGUUGUGGCAGGUAGCUUCUGAGACGGAUGGCUUACUAGGCAGCUCGGAUGUGGCAUUUAGCCGUAUGUGGGCGAGGAAGAAGGCUCUUGCUGAGACCUGCUAUUCCCAAGUAGGGGACGAGGGGAUUGGUACACGAAUGAAUACUCCAAUCAUUGCGAUGGAUAUGGCUGCGAUUGUAGAAGCCUUAGCGAGAUGGAGAGGAAAGUGGACUCAGUUCAGCCAGCCAAUUCGGGAACCUCAAAAUCCUAUAGAAAAGCCGGAUCUGCGGCUAUAUAAGCUGCAAUAUUGGGGAUUCUCAUAUGGAACUCUGUUAGGUGAAACAUUUGCAAGUAUGUAUCCACAUCUCGUGGGCCGUUUGGUACUGGAUGGUAUUGUUGAUAGUGAUCGCCAUUAUGCUGGGACCUGGGACGGAAACAUUAACGAUGCAGAUGCUAUCAUGGAGCGAUUCAGCAUCUAUUGCUAUCAAGCAGGGCCUGAUAAAUGCGAUUUAUUCUCUGAAAAGGGUCCGAGAUACAUCCAAUCCUCGCUUGACGAUAUUGUCGCGUUUGCAAGAAAUACAACUAAAUCCGUGUUAUCCGCACACGGACCUGAGAUUGUCACCUAUAGCGACGUGCAGAAGAUCAUCCGAGAUUCAUUAUAUGAGCCAUUCAAGGAAUUUGAUGGUCUAGCCCGGGCAUUAAACAACUUAGCUAAUGGGGAUGGGAGCAUCAUUGCAAAUCGAAAGCAAACAUCACCGCCACAGGAUAUUUUCUUUGAACCUGCUGAUUAUGCAGAAGAAGUGGUCGGAGCCAUAUCCUGCUCCGAUGGUCCUGACCAGAGCAAUACAACAAAAGGGGAGUUUGUGGAAUAUUGGCAGAAGAUGCGUCACCAGAGCAUCUACCUUGGUGACCGGUGGAGUCAAAAUCGACUGCUCUGUCUUUUUUGGAAAACCAGACUUGAAUUCACGUACUCUGCUCUUAAACAUACACUGACUACUAUUGGUAUCUCUAAAGGGCCGAUUGGAGUCCUCACAGAGCCGAUCUUGUUUAUUGGAAACAGUUUGGACCCCGUCACGUCGCUUGAUAAGUAUGCCAAUCUUGAUAUCAAAUCUACGAAAUCGGCCACAUACAUUAACACGCUUUUUUUUGCUAAGUGCCAAAAGGAUGAGUCUCAGGUUUCCUGGGUCGAGUCUCAUCCAACAAAACUCAGAAGGUCAUCUGUCACUUGCAACACCCUCUCUUUGCACCGCAAAAGCUGUUCGACGCUAUUUUCAAACCGGCAUACUUCCAACUCGUGGGACGUUGUGCCCGGUCUAUGA